AUCGUGAAAUUAUGGGAUCUGAAACAGAGCAUAAGAUUCCUGUAAUUGAUCUUACUAAAAAUUUGAUGCCUGGCACAGAUGAAUGGACCAUAGCCUGCAAAGAAGCGCGCAAUGCAUUCGAAGAAAUCGGAUGCUUUGAAGUUGUGUACGACAAAAUUCCUCUAGAGCUACGCAACUCGGUUUUCGAUCAAGCUAAACAUCUAUUCAAUCUUCCAAUCGAAACCAAAAUGCAAGUAACCAGUGAUAAGCCUUACUAUGGCUAUUUUGGCCAAUAUUCUUUUCUUCCUCUCUAUGAAUCUCUGGGGGUUGAUAACCCAACUACUCUUGAAGGCUCCCAAAAAUUCACUAACCUUAUGUGGCCUCAAGGAAAUGAUACUUUUUGCGAAAAAUCUCAGGCCAUGUCGAAGGAGUUGGUGGAAUUGUAUGAAAUAGUAACAAGAAUGGUGUUUGAUAGCUAUGGUUUGGACAGUUGUGAGCAUGAGACCAACAUAGGGUUGACCUCGUUCCUUCUGCGAUACUUCAAAUACAGAGAAAAAGAAUCGAAUGAGAAGAGUGAAAUAGGAUUGCAUUCUCACACAGACAGGACCUUCAUGUCCAUAGUUCAUCAACACCAACUUGGUGGUCUUCAGGUUAAAUCCAAGGAUGGUUACUGGAUUGAUGUCAAACCUUCACCCACUUCUUUUCUCAUCAUUGCGGGCGAUGUAAUUGGGGUAUGGAGUAAUGACAGAGUGGUCCCUUGUGAUCAUCGAAUUAUUAUGAAUGAAAAUAACAAAGCAAGAUACUCGAUUGGAUUAUUUGCUUUUAUCGAUGGUGUGAUUCAUGUUCCUCGAGAGCUAAUCGAUGACGAAUAUCCGUUGAAAUACAAACCAAUUGAUAAUUUUGAUUGGCUUCGAUUCAAAGCAACUGAAUAUCCUAUCAAAACCUAUUUUCGUAUUAAAGACAGCUGAUCCUUAUUGUAAUAAUGUUCCUCCCCUUCCUACGUGAGUGUCUUUUUCAUUUUAUUUUUAUUGUCGCUGUAAUAAUAGUUAUGAACGGCUUUUUAAGAUUCGUUUGUAUCAAGUGUGUCUGUCAGUUUUUUCUUUUUUUUUUUGUCCGUAGUAUCGUCUCGUCCUGUAAUAAUAAUUAUAUAUAAACCUAGCUUUUCAAACUGCACAAGUAAGUUUGCAGAUUAA